UCCAGUACUUCAUUCUACUGGGACAAAAAAACUCUUUCCUAAUUCAGUCUCUAACAAUCAAUGACUUUGUCACCAUACAGGUCUUUCUUCAAGGUGAAUCCGAUGACUUCAUGGGUCACUCGGGAAUGAUGAAUUUUCUCAGGACUUGCUUUCAGUCUGGACUAAUUUUGCUUCCUUUCGUAGCAAGUUACGGAUUUAGGAACUGCAUACAAAGCUACGGCAAUCAUGAGAAUUACAACUGUGUCCAUCGCCUCCUGCUGGACAUACAGAGCGCUGUGUCCGACCUACCAAACAACACCAAAUUUCUGAACGUAUCACACAACAAUAUUGUGACCUUACAUCAGGGAAGUUUUGCUCACAUGCCGCUGAUCCAGCAGUUACAUAUCGAUUACAACAAUCUAAAGAAUAUUAAAACUGGGGCAUUUGAUAACUUGACUAAAUUGGAGAUUUUGGAUCUUUCAAACAACAACAUCUCCUUUCUUCCUAAGGACGUCUUCAGAAGUCUUAGAAACCUUACAUAUCUCUUUCUUCAUCAGAAUUCCAUUGACUUUAUUCAAGUUGAGUUACUUAGGCCUCUUGUUAAUCUAAGAUUCCUGAACCUGUCGUCCAAUUAUCUUAAGAGUUUCAACGCAAUUGUUGAGUCCAUCCAACCACUGCAGAGAUUGAAAUCACUUUUCGUAUGCAGUAACAAUCUAACGUCUCUCAGUCAUACUCACAAUCUCCCCUUAUCACUGUCUCAACUUUUCAUUUGCAAUAACCGCUUGCAAGAAUUACACUGUGAUAAAAAUUUGUUCAUCAACGUAAAAUACCUCGAUCUAUCAUGCAAUAAUUUGACCUCACCUCCCUUGCAGUCAUUGAACUUGACCAAGAUGAUAUAUUUGAAUCUGCAAUACAAUAAGUAUUUUGACAUAUAUAAAUUCAUUCAAAAUUCUAGUAUUUCUCUAAGCAACAUAGAUUAUUCCGGACUUGGUCUAACUAAUAGGAGCAAAAUAUCCAAAUUGUGUUAUUUUUUAAAAGGCAUUAAUAUCACCAGUCUCUCCCUGCUGGGAAAUAAGAUUAAGUUUUUGCCAGAAAACACUCUUGAAAAUUGUACAGUUAAAAAUACUAUGGAUUUAUCUAGAAACAAUAUAAAAGAUGUUAACUGCCUGAGAUUCAUGUACAGGUCUGAAUUUAAGACUUUGAUUGUGGAACACAACCUCCUAAAGGAACUAAAAAGCUGUUUCAAUAGAACUAAGUUCUCAAAUUUGACAUACAUUUCCUUCCGAUUCAAUAGAAUUUGGUCAGUUAAUGAACAUGCAUUCAGUUAUGCACCAAAUUUACAGGAACUGAAAUUAAACAUCAACAACAUUAUUUUUCUAAAAAAGCAUUCGUUCAGUGGCCUUAAAAGUCUGAAAUUACUGCGUCUGGAUAAUAACCUUAUACCUGAUAUAUAUCCUAAUCUUUUUGAUGAUCUGACAGAGCUCAGAAUACUCAAUUUUAGAAACAACAGACUAUCUGUUGUCUUUAAUAAUGUCUUCCAAAGACUGGGGAAUCUCACAAUCUUGGAUCUAGGAGGCAACAAAAUAACACACCUUGAAAAUAAUUCUCUUUAUGGACUUCAAAGCCUAUCCAAGCUAUAUCUGGAUGGAAAUAAGAUUCAGACCAUCAGCAGUGACACCUUCCGUAGUAUUGAGAACACUUUGCAAGUGUUGGACUUGAUGUCCAACCGUCUUAGUUUUGAAUCUUCAAGGGAAUAUUUCUCACCGUUCUACAAACUUAACAAGUUGUAUGAUAUGAAACUCCAGAAUCAGCAACCAUUUGGCCUUAUAGUCAUACCUUAUGGGUUCUUUAAAGGGUUAACAUCCCUGAGAUUACUAGAUUUGGCACAAAACAGGCUUACACAUCUCCACGCCAAUGUGUUCGAUGAACUCGGCCAGCUGGUUUAUCUGAGUUUGUCAGAUGACUGUAAUGGAAUACAGAAUCUACCCGAUGGAAUUUUCAAGAAUCUAUUCAGUCUACGUUCAUUGAAUUUAGAGAAUAUAUGUCUGCAGACCUUAAAUCCUCAUGUCUUUUCAAAUCUUACCAAGUUGAGAAAACUUCAGUUGAUGAAAAAUGCCUUGAAGCAUAUAAAUAUUGAUAUUUUUAAAAACAUGACAAGCUUAACCUAUCUUGACAUUCGAAAAUCCCCGAUUACUUGCACAUGUAACAAUGAACCACUCAAACAAUGGUUGAGUCAGCCUCAAGUGCACGUAGUGUUUCCCUAUAACUUGUCAUGCUCAGACAAUCCCACCUCAUACUUCCAUGACUUUGAUAUCAAAGUCUGUGAUAUGAAACUAAAAUUGCAGCUUUUUUGUGUCUCCCUUACUAUUGUGUUGCUUUUUACGGUCAUCCCCAUUGUCUAUGGCAAAUCUUAUUGGCACAUCAAAUAUAAUUACUUCCUCUUUAUUGCCUGGCUACACGAACGCUGGAAAUCAAACAAGGAGAUAUACAAAUAUGACGCAUUUGUUUCCUACAACACCCAUGAUGAAGAAUGGGUCUACAAAACAAUGCUUCCAAGUUUAGAGUCCUGCAGUCCUUCUCCUGCCCUCCGACUUUGUCUUCAUCACAGAGAUUUUCAGUUGGGGAGGGACAUCAUAGACAAUAUUGUAGACAGUAUUCACAAUAGCCGUAAGACUGUCUGUGUGGUCAGCAGGAGCUACCUCCGCAGUGAGUGGUGCUCUCUGGAAAUGCAGUUGGCUAGUUACAAGCUGUUCGAUGAGAUGAGGGAUGUUCUUGUCCUCAUAUUGUUGGAAGACAUUCCAGAUAGAGAACUUUCCACCUACCACAGAAUGAGGAAAGUUAUGCUGAAGAAGACAUAUAUCAGUUGGCCUUCAGAACAGGAAGCACAGAAGCUAUUUUGGGCUAAACUUAUAAAGGCAUUGAGAGGCAGCAACACCAUAGAAAUGGCAGAGGGUUGGAAGAAUAAUGUAACUAAACAUGCUUCGUAAAUAUGGACCAAAAUCCAAGAUGACCUUCUAUGAAAGUGUCUUCUUCAUAAGA